AUGACCUCAACCACCACGCCACUCCUUCCAUGGAAGGUUCGCUUCACCGUGUCUACCAUCUCUUCCCUUAUCUCCGCCUCUCACCGCUCCAACGACACCGUCAACCGCCGUCUCUUCAACUUUUUUGAUAGAAAAACCUCUCCUAAUUCUAACUCCAUCGACGGAGUUUCUUCCUCCGACAUCAUCGUGGACCCCACACGUGAUCUCUGGUUUCGCCUUUUCACUCCCUCCUCAAACUCCAUGUCCGACGCAUCACUCCCUGUCUUCGUGUUUUUUCAUGGCGGCGGUUUUGCAUUGUUUUCUCCGUCUUCCAUCACAUACAACGCAGUUUGUCGUUUAUUCUGUCGUUCGUUUUCCGCAAUCAUUGUAUCUGUUAAUUACCGUCUUGCCCCCGAACAUCGUUUUCCUUCUCAAUAUGAAGACGGUUUGGAAAUUCUUAAAUUCCUCGAUCAAAAUAACAGUGUCUUAGGAAAAUCUGCUGACAUCAGCAAAUGUUUCCUGUCGGGUGAUAGUGCGGGUGGAAAUUUAGCCCAUCAUGUAGCGGUUCGGGUUUCUUUAGAAAAAUUUGAAGUUUUGAAAGUUAUUGGUUUGGUUUCAAUACAACCGUUUUUUGGAGGUGAGGAAAGAACCGAAUCUGAGAUCCAGUUUAACCGGGUACCUAUUGUUUCAAUGGAUAAAACUGAUUGGUAUUGGAAGAUGUUUUUGCCGGAUGGGUCAACCCGUGAUCAUGAAGCGGUUAAUGUUAGUGGACCUAAUGCAAAGGAUAUUUCAAAUAUUGAUUAUCCGAAUACCCUUUUGUGUGUUGGUGGGUUAGACCCGUUACUGGAUUGGCAAAAGAGAUACUAUGAGUGGUUGAUAAAAUCGGGAAAAACAGUAGAAUUAAUUGAAUAUCCAAAUAUGAUUCAUGUGUUCUAUUAUUUUCCAGAAUUACCAGAGACGUCAGAGUUUAUUUCUAGAGUUAAGGAUUUCAUGUAUAAGCAAAUGGCUUAUAUGAACUAA